CGAUAGCGUGACUCAUUUGCACCGGCGCGUAGUAGUUUGGCAGUUCCUCUUCUGUGGUGCUAGGCUGCUAGCCACGUGGAUGACAAUUUUCUAUGGCUUUUCCCGACGGUCUGAAGUGCCAUUUCUCUGAACUACCGGGCAGUUUUAAUGUCGUAAUGUAAAUCCAAAAGUACACAUGAUAUCAGUAUGAGCAUGAAGAACACUCCACGAUACUCGUGUGAUGAGCGUGGUGGCCAAAUACAGAAUCAAGUCGAAAAAUAAAAAUAUAUGCAAUCGAUCUUCCAACACCUCACAUGUUCAUCUGCCAUCUUCGACACGUACACAAGACGGAAUCCUUCUCAGGCAAUGGCUUCCUUCUCCUGUUCCUCUAGUAGCAUGAUGAGCGUGAUCUUGCUGCUCUUCUCCGUCCUCCUUGCGGCUGCCGAGGCACCUGCGCCUGCGCGGUCGGCCAGCGACCAGAUCAUACUUGCCGCAUGCAAGACCGUCGGCGGCGGGAGCACCUACUUCGACGUCACGUUCUGCCUGGGUGCCCUCGGCUCCGCCGGCAGCGCCGCCGGCUACCAAGACCUCGCCGCCGUCGCCGUGGACCUCCUCGCGACCAACGCCACCAGCACGGAGGCCAAGAUCGAUCGCCUGCUCGGUGGCAGCGGCGUGAAGGUCAAGCCGGGUGACGCCGCCCUGGCGCGGUGCCUCCGGUGGUGCCGGUCGCUGUACGGCGGCAUAGUGGACGACGGGCCUGCGUCCACCGCCGCGGUCAAGGGCGGGAGGUUCGGAGAGGCGACAGCGAUCCUGGAGAAGGCCGCGGCCGCGGCGAAGGAGUGCGAGGGCAGGUUCGAGAAGAGCAAAGCGGCUUCGCCGCUGACGGCGGAGGACGACGACGCGUUCAAGCUCGCAAAGCUCGCCGUCGCGUUGCUCCGUUUUGACGAGAAAUUGGAUAUUUCGCCCCGCUUUACUUCUUCAUUUGAUCAUUCGCCUUCCUGAGAGGCUAUCGGGUGAGGCCCGGAGCCAUUAUCAUUGAGACAAUCAAAGGACAAGUCAUCCAACGCCUUGAAAAGUGGGGCAAAUCAUCCAACUUCUUGAUUAGUUGUUCUAUUUAUAACCGUGCCAUGUGA